AUGGCUACGUCCAUUCAUGGUAUCGAUCCAGCAGCUGAAACAACGUUUCCAUAUAUGGAAAAGGAGAUGAAUGAAACUAAUUCUAUUAUACCAUGGCAACCGUUUCUUACGUCGAUGCCGCACCUACUACGACACCGUGACGUCACAGAAUUGCUGCUAGUGAACGUAAGUCUUAACACUAACGUCUUCACACAGCUCACAACCAGUCUUAACACUAACGUCUCCACACAGCUCACAGACAGUCUUAACACUAACGUCCCCACACAGCUCACAAACAAUGUGACCGUACAAAGUCUUAACACUGACGUCUCCAAAAAGUUCAACGACAGUCUUUUCACUAACGUCUCCACACAGCUCACAGACAGUCUUAACACUAACGUCUCCACACAGCUCACAGACAGUCUUAACACUGAUGUCUCCACACAGCCCACCGACAGUCUUAACACUGACGUCUCCACACAGCCCACCGACAGUCUUAACACUAACGUCUCCACACAGCUCACCGCCAGUCUUAACACUAACGUCUCCACACAGUUCACCGACAGUCUUAACACUGACGUCUCCACACAUCUCAAAGACAGUGUGAACGUACUCAGUCUUAACACUGACGUCUCCACACAGCUCACCAACAGUCUGAAUACUAACUUCUCCACUCCGCUCAUAAACACUGUGAACGUACUCAGUCUUAACACUUACGUCUCCACACAGCUCACCAACAGUCUGAAUACUAACUUCUCCACUCCGCUCAUAAACGCUGUGAACGUACUCAGUCUUAACACUUACGUCUCCACACAGCUCACCAACAGUCUGAAUACUAACUUCUCCACUCCGCUCACAAACAGUGGGAACGUACACAGUCUUAACACUAACGUCUCCACACAGUUCACAGACAGUCUGACCGUACACAGUCUUAAUACCGACGUCUCCACACAGCUCACAAACAGUGUGAACGUACACAGACUUAACUCUGAAGUCUCCACACAGCUGCUCACUGACAGUGUUAACACUGACGUCUCCAGACAACUCACAAACAGAGUGAACUUACUCAGUCUUAACACUGACGUCUUCACACAGCUUACGAACAGUAUGAACGUAUUCUGUCUUAGAAUUGACGCUUCAACACAGCUCACAGACAGCCUUUACACUGACGUCUCCACACAGCUCACAGACAGUCUUAACACUAACGUCUCCACACAGCUCACAGACAGUCUAAACACUGAUGUCUCCACACAGCUCACAAACAGUAUGAACGUAUUCCGUCUUAGAACUGACGCUUCAACACAGCUUUCAGACAGCCUUAACAAUGACGUAUCCACAUAG